CAUACAAAAAGCUAUUCGUACUAAAGGAACAAACUUUUAAACCCGGUAUCAAUAUAAUUAUCAACUGGUCUUACAUUUGAAUGAUUUUAUGACAUUUUUAAAGACAAUAUGUCUUCAGAAGACUGUAUUACUCCUGUUUAGAAGAGAUAUAUAAACUUUUGAUGCAGGGUGAUAUUGCAUUAGUUUCACUGAGUAACCAGACAUUAAGAUCGCUUUAAACAACAAAGAUGUUUUACCAGAUGAUAACACUGUGCGUAAUACUGAUGAUCAUGACGUGUUACUCACAGAAAACAGACGAUAUAACACGUGACCGGAAAUCGCCAUGUUCUAAUUCUAAAUGUGGAAAGUACAGUUAUAGGAAGAUUUUGAAGAUGUUUCCAGGAACGUUUUAUACGAGAAAACAAAUAGAAGGCAAUGAAAGACAGUUCAGGGUGGCACGUAUGAAAUACCUCGUUGAGCAAGGUAUUCAUAUGAAGUCAGGGAUGAUCGGGGAUGGUGACUCUUGUUGCCCUACAAAAACCCUUACGUUCACAAAUUUCACGAUGACCAAUAUUGACGGAGAGAACAAGUAUUUAGUACAUACACCGCCUAAAUACCAAUUCAUUCCUCAUGGAGUGUGCAUGAAAGGAGGCACUUGUGAUGGGAUAUGCGUCAAUGAACCAGUUACCCACUCUCUAUUGACGUACAAUGUUGAAAAAGGAAAGCUGGAGUUUGACCUGUUUAUCGUACCAGGAUAUUGUUCAUGUAAAUCAGUAUAACACUUGACCUUGUGAUAUGUAUACACAUUGGCUUGCACAAUCGACAUCUAGUCCAAUGUACAGUUGAUUUUUAAAGACAGUAUAGUAAAUAUUUGAUGUAAUAUACAUGUAUCUUUCAAAAUGGACUAUUAUUACAUGUUACUAUUAUUAACUAUUAUUCUUAAGUGAUAUUUUUUUUUGUUUGCUUCAAACAUCAAAGUAUAUGAUUUGUGUCCAAAAUAUCUAUUUGACCAAUAAAUUAAUCAAUACUGUGUUACUAUACA